CGCGUUGGCGGCUGCGGGGUCGGGCUCGCGCCGCCCCCUCCCCGCCCGCGCCGGAUUCUAAUGUAGGAACUGGUGAGAAGAAGGUGACUGAAGCCUGGAUAUCUGAGGAUGAAAACUCACAUAGGACAAUGUCAGACAAAGUCACAGCGGUGGAGCUCCCCUCCCCCGAGUCUGGGGAAGUCUGUGAGCCCAGAUUAGAGGAGCUCUUGGGAAAUCCAGAAGGUGAGAGCCUCAGGAGUUCCCCCUCUCAGGACAGGGGCUGCAAGCAGGUGACUGUGACCCAUUGGAAAAUCCAGACACGGGAGACAGCUCAGUUGUGCACCAAGUCAGGCAGACACCCUGUUCUGAACUCAGACUUUCUUAUACUUCAAAGAGAGCUCAUAGAGGGGGAAGCCAAUCCUUGCGAUAUCUGUGGCAAAACCUUCACGUUUAAUUCGGACCUAGUUAGGCAUCGGACUUUGCAUGCUGGGGAGAAACCUUACACGUGUGAUCAGUGUGGGAAAGGCUUUGGCCAGAGCUCACACCUCAUGGAGCAUCAGAGUAUUCACACUGGUGAGAGACUCUAUGUCUGUAAUGUGUGUGGGAAAGACUUUAUUCGCUAUGCAGGUCUCAUUGAGCAUCAGCGCGUUCAUUCGGGAGAAAAGCCCUUCAAAUGUGCGCAGUGUGGGAAGGCGUUUUGUCACAGUUCAGACCUGAUUAGGCACCAGAGAGUUCACACCAGAGAGAGACCUUUUGAAUGCAAAGAGUGUGGAAAAGGCUUCAGUCAAAGCUCCUUACUUAUUCGUCAUCAGAGGAUUCAUACAGGAGAAAGGCCCUAUGAGUGCAAUGAAUGUGGGAAAUCCUUCAUAAGGAGCUCGAGCCUCAUUCGCCAUUAUCAGAUCCACACAGAAGUGAAACAGUAUGAAUGCAAAGAAUGUGGGAAGGCGUUCCGUCAUCGCUCGGACCUGAUUGAGCACCAGCGAAUUCACACCGGAGAGAGACCCUUUGAAUGCAAUGAGUGUGGGAAGGCUUUUAUUCGGAGUUCAAAGCUCAUUCAGCAUCAGCGGAUCCAUACUGGGGAGAGGCCUUACGUAUGCAAUCAGUGUGGGAAGCGCUUCAGCCAGACGUCAAACUUCACCCAGCAUCAGAGAAUUCACACUGGAGAGAAACUCUAUGAAUGUAACGAGUGUGGGAAAGCUUUCUUUCUGAGUUCAUACCUUAUUCGACACCAGAAAAUCCACACUGGAGAGAGGGUGUAUGAAUGUAAGGAAUGCGGGAAGGCAUUUCUCCAGAAGGCCCAUCUCACUGAGCACCAGAAGAUCCACUCUGGGGACAGGCCCUUCGAAUGUAAAGACUGUGGGAAAGCCUUCAUCCAGAGCUCAAAGCUGCUUCUGCACCAGAUUAUUCACACUGGAGAAAAGCCCUAUGUGUGUAGUUAUUGUGGGAAAGGCUUCAUUCAGAGGUCAAACUUCCUUCAACACCAGAAAAUUCAUACUGAAGAGAAGCUUUAUGAGUGUAGUCAGUAUGGGAGAGAUUUUAACUCAGCCACAAACUUUAAAAAUAAUCAAAGUGUUCACCAAGAGGGACUUUCCUUGAGUAAGGCCUCCAUACGUUUGGGUGAGAGGUCUGUAGAUCAGGGGGAACACACAGGUAACUUAUAAAUAAUAAUUCUUCUGCCCAAUGAGUGAUGUUUGGAAAUGCGUGGAAUUAGGAUUCAUGUGGCGUCUAAGAUUUGGACAUGUCAGAAUUUUGUGAGUCAUGGAUGGGACUGUUUUUGGAGUGGGUGCCACCUGCCACUGUGUGGCACUAGCAGGCCCAGCCCUCCUCCUCAGCUGUGAGUGCUGUCCUCGGGAGAGUCACAGGGCUUGACUCUGAGCUGGAACAUUGGAGGCAGGGAGGAGACAGGUCUCAAGAAAAGGUCUUUUAAAAAACGUUAUCCACAGUUACAGUCCAUCCUUGAGUUAAAUCCCUUUUAGAGCAGGACUGUGUAUCUGAUCUUAUUACUUAGGAGAACGUUACUUAGCACAUUCUGAUCUAUUAAAUCAAGUUGAAGAAAGAUAACCCCCAAGCCAUUUCCCUGUUGUCCUUAGGAGGAACUCCAGGCCUCCCAUCCUGUGCCCUGACGUGUGCCCUAAGGCUUCCUGUUUCCUCAGACCUCGCCUCCCUCUGCCGAACUCCCUGUCACACAGGUGAUACUGCAGCAGCACUGACUGCUUCAUCUUCCCCGUGCUCCACGCAGCUUCCUGCCACUCUCACCCUGGUUCUUAUUGAAGGGUCUCCUCUUCUCAGCUAAUGAACUCCGAAUCAUGGUUGAGGACGUGCCUCAGACAUCAUGUCAGGGACUGUUUCCCUCAGGCUUAGCUGGCAGCGCUCUCCGUGCUUCUGUGGCUCAGUAAUUACCGCUAUUACUGUACUUACUUGCGUAUGCCAGAAUGACUUGAUAGGCUCUUUCAUUAUACUGUCAGUUCCUGAGGACGGUGAUCAUAUCUGAUUGAUUUCCAUGUGUCCACUGUCUAGCACAAGGCAAUAAAAAAUGCACCCC